AUGAGGCAAGCCGACGACGAGGAAGAUACGCGGCUACUGGAGGACGCGACGGGCUUUCUCGAGCACGACGAGCCUGUGCAGUCGAAGCGAUGGACGCUCCGGCGCAAGUUGGUCGUGGGCCUCGGGCUGCUGGCAGCGCUCCUUGUUGGCGUGGCUGUCUGCCUCCGCCCGAUCGCGCAGCAUGCACUCGCGACGACGGGCAUGACCAUCCGCCGCAUGCAGCUGGCGUCGCCUGCCGCCCACAGCGCGCAGCUCACGACGCAGCUCGAGGUGGCGUCGGGCAGUCCCUUUGGAGCGACAAUGGCCGCGGCAACUCUCUAUCUGCACUUUAACGGCAGCAUCUUUGGCUCGUUCAUGACGCCAUCGAUGGACAUCUCGCAUGGCACGUCGCUGCACACGAUCGCGAAUGCAACGCUCAACGUGACUGACAUGGCCGUCUGGGGCCGCUUUGCUGCCGCGAUGGUGCAGUCCAACACGACCGCGUGGAUGCUCUCGGGCACGGUGGACCUCUCGGUGCACCUUGGGCUCUUCUCGGUGCCGAUCGCGGGCUUGUCGCUUGAAAAAGCCAUGAUUCUCACCGGGAUGCACGGCCUCUCGACGCUUGCAAUCACGCAGAUGGACUUGACGGCGUCGACGAAGACGAGCGUGAUGGCACACAUCGAGACGUGCCUCUUGAACCCGUCGGCGACUGCACUGACACCCGUGGGCACGCUCUGUUUGGACGUUGCAUACACGACGCCGGGCAACGUCACGGCCAACAUUGGGCGCAUCUCGGGCGACGCCAGCCUCAACGUGACGAUGACGGACGCAUCGGACAGCGCCUGCCGACACCUUGGGCCCACCGGCUACAACCACCUUGCGCUCACGGGCUCGAUCGUCUCGACCGACUCGCUCGUGACCAGUGCCAUGAUAUCGACAUACCUCAGUGACCGCGCCGCGUCCGUGGGCGUCACGGCUUGUUCGCCCCACGCCACGUCCGUCCCGCUGUACAAUGCAGCGCUGACCAACCUCUCGCUCCUCUCCGCGCUGCCACCUAACCCCAUGCCGCUUAUCUCAGACCUCGCGUUCGAUUACAUGCAAGUCGUGCCGACGGGACCGCGCACGGUGCGACUACAAACCCGUGUCGUGGUGACGGCCAACAGCCCGCUCGGCCCGCACUCGCCCUUGGUGCUAUCUAAUAUGACGAUGGCGCUGCAGCUCGCCGAUGUGGCGAUGGGUGCGGUGCUCGGUGCUUUGACCAGUACGUCGGUUGUCGUUCAUGACGUGUUGGUGGCCCAAACCAAGCUGCAUCUCGACCUCGCGGCCGACCUCGUAUUGACCCGCGAUGGCGAGUCGUUUGGCGCGUUCGUACAGCGCAUGCUUCGUGCGCGAAACGUCACGCUGGCACUCGCUGGACGCUUUGCAGUCCACGCCACGGGGGCCCUCGGCACGCUCCACUUGGCCGAUAUCCCGCUCGUGCUCAGUACGCCACUGCAGGGAAUGGACGGUCUUUCGAAUGUGUCGGUGUUCAACUUUUCGAUGCCGGGCGUGCUCGCCCCGGAAGGCGAAGUGUUCUCGGCCACGAGUAUUUGGAAUCCGUCGGUCGUCGACAUGCCGGUGGGCGAGGUCGAGAUGACGUUGCGCGCGGGUGACGAAGCGUUUGGGGCGGUCUCGGGCGUGAUUGCGAUGGCGCCCGGGGCCAAUGCGAUCGCGCUCGCCGGUCAUCUGAAACCGGACUUGGACGCGCACGGCGGCGUGAGUCGGGCCAUGAACGCCUUCUUCUCCAACUACUUGGCAUACAAGCCAUCGUCGCUCGCGAUCGAGCUCACGCACGUCGCCCAGAACGUUCCUUGGCUGCAGCAAGCACUGACGUCGUUUACGUUGCCGACGACGUUUCCAGGCGUUGACAAAUCGUUUGCUCUUGUCAAGAGCCUCGCGAGUCCGCGCAUGCACGUGGCGUUCACGGACGACGGCGAGAUGCAUCUGCAAGCGACGCUGUUGGCGCUCAUCGCCAUGCCCGACGCGCUUCGACUCCCCGUCAACAUUACCCACCUCUCGCUGAUCGCCGACCUCGUCUUUGAGAAUACAAGCGUCGGUCAUAUGCAGCUGCCUCGUCAAGCUGUCACGUACACGGAGCUGGUGCCGGGCGCGGGGCAUCUCGAGAUUGCGAUGCCGCAUGCAGUGGCGCUGCGCAUUCCCGCCACGUCUCGAGCUCAUAUGGCGGCGUUCAUCUCUGCGACCGUCUUUGCAACCGACGUCGUGUCGCUUUCGAUUGCCAGUGGGUCGGCGGAAGGAGACGGUGCGUCGCCGCGGGCCGUGACGCCCAUGGGCACGCUUGAGCUCUCGGGGAUUCCACUGAAUGGCGCCAUGGCGCUGCAAGGCAUGGGCGGCCUUGCAGGCAGUCCGGUGGAGAUCCAAAAUGUCGAUAUCACGCGGGGUACGGCGUCGGAGCUCUACUUGUCGAUGACAAUUGCCAUGCGCAACCCGUCGCAGAUGGCGGCGACCCUCGGCGAUAUACUCGUGGACGUCUUCAUCGACGGAGAGGGGCGUCUUGGGUCGGCGCGCUUGCACAACGUGUCGCUUGCGUGUUGCAAUGCAUCGAGCCUUGUGACUGGGUCGUUUCUCCUUGCGCCGAGUUCGGCGGCGCUCGCAGAUGCCUUCUUGUCGAAUUUUGUGUCGGGCUACUACACCCACGGCCGUCCGCAAACGAUUCAUAUUCAUGGAACCCCGGCGAGCUCCAACAAGACACUGCUGCAGCCGGCGCUGUCGCAGCUGUCGCUCGACACGGCCGUGCCGCCACUGCCGAUGCUGUUUCCCGAGACGCCGACGUUGGUCGCUAGCUCGUUCAUGUACCCGCCGUCGAUCUUGCACCUGCUCACGGUGGCGACUGCACUCGUCUUGCGCAACCCGUUUGGCCACACGAUCGACGUGACGGCGGUUGACCUCGAGCUGUAUCCGUGCAAGACCCAGCGCAAAGAUUCGGCGGGCGUCCUUGUCUGCGACGAGUAUUACGAGCAGCUCCUCGCGCGCUUUCACCCGAAGGACAUGGCGGCGAUGGUGAUCCCGCCAAAGAACACGGCGGGCUGCCUCUCGUGCUGCCAAGGGGCCAACUGCGGCGCCUCGUCCAAGAUCCCUCUGUGCCCCGGUGCGGUCGAAGGCUCGUGCUUGCACGCCGAGGUCGCGUCGCUGCUCAACCCGGCGCUCAUCUCGGUGCUCUUCAAGACGAUGACGACAGGGCUGCUCAUGCGCGUCAACGGAACGCUCACGGCCAACGUGGGCGCGUUCCCCAUGCACAUGCAUUACGCACAAGACGGCCUCCUCGUGACCAUGGCCUAACCCUAGGGCUAGGGCUAAGAUAGCAGUCCCGUUUUGCUGUGUGGGAUGCAGUUGAGAUGCAAUUGAGAUGGAGCGACUGCGACC